CCUAUUCUUCAGUUUGAAACUUGAGUGGAAAGUGUUGAGAUCGUUGGACGGCUCAAAGUGUUGAAGAAAAUUUUGCGAAGGCAGCAUGACCGGAAGAGUGGAUAAAGUCAAUCCGGAUGAUGUCCAGCACGAAGGAGAAGUCACUAGCUUGUGUUAUCGCGAUAAUACCCUCUAUUCCGGUGGUGCUGAUGGAAAAGUCAAGAUUUGGGAUACUGAUCUACAACUCAAACGCGAAAUAACUGCCCAUGAAGCCCUCAUCUGGGCCAUGACACUAGACUCCCGUGGACGUCUUUUCACCAGUAGUACCGAUGGAUUAGUAAAGAUCUUCGAAAAUCCACGAUCUGUCGAAUUCUCUCAGGAACUCAUAAAGUCCUUCGAUGAAUUACUCUGUGUGGUAGCCGUGGGAGAAGACAUUUACACAGGAGAUGACAAGGGUGUGGUGACAUGGUUCGUUGACCGCAAAAUUAAAUUUAUGUACAAUCUCGUGGAAGAAGUGAAGUCCCUGGCUGUGGAGGGAAAUCUCAUCUAUACCAUUCGUGACACUGACUGUGUGAUAACAGAGAAAACUUGCCUCAAAACCGGUAAAUUCGCAACUAAGCGAGCUCUUCCUGGAAAAUCACCAAUGAUCAUCUGCGGACUGGAGACAAAUGGAACAAAGCCCUGGUUGGUAUUCUGCACAAGAGAUGGCAAAGGAAUCACCGUGAUCGAUAACUUCCGACGACCGCAAAGUCCGUCUGCCCCUUGGACUGAGAUCUGGACCAAAGAGAAUGCUCAUGAGAUGAUCAUCAAUUGCCUGUACGGAAAUACAACUGGAUUCUACUCCGGUGGCUGGGAUGGAAAAGUUAAGAAAUGGGUGGAAGUAGACAAAUAUCCUAAAAUUGCAGGUGAGGCCGAUAUUGGUUGUUGUGUCAACGCCAUCACGAGUGGACCAGAUGGGUGUGUUUUUGCCGCGGGUGCUGACGGUAAAAUUAGGAAAAUCGUUUUUGAGUAAGAAAAUAUUCUACAUUUCGUUACGGAGCAAUAAGUCACAAUGACAAGAGGAGUUGGAGAAGAUAAAAGAGAAAUCGUUUUAAUUCUUAUUGUCGCAUUAAUUUGCUUAAUGUUAUGUAGAUUUGUUAUAAGAUGAUAAAAAAGAAAGAAAGAAAGAAAAUAUCCCCCAAAAUUUUAUGUCUAUUUUAAAAAUAAAAUUUAUGAUUAUUUACACAAAA